UACCCCGCUAGAUAGCUGUUUAUUGUUUUCUGUGCUAGCCGUUGUCCUUCGUAUUUAGAAAACAUCUGGCUAUUUUAUGACAUGGGUGGAUUUUAUUGUUUAUCAACUGACGUUACCUUACUAGCUAGCGGUAACCAACCUGUAUGGGUUUCGAUGACGGAGAUUUCGAUGAUGGUGAAGAAGAUGAAGGAUUGGACGACUUGGAAAACGUAGAAGACGAAGACCAGGAGAACGUGCAGAUACUGCCGGCGGGGGAAGGACAGCAGCCGAACCAGAAGAGAAUCACCACCCCCUAUAUGACCAAGUACGAGAGGGCGCGGGUCCUAGGAACCCGCGCUCUGCAGAUAGCAAUGUGCGCCCCAGUAAUGGUGGAGUUGGAAGGAGAGACGGACCCUCUGCAAAUUGCCAUGAAGGAACUGAAGAGCAGGAAGAUUCCCAUCAUCAUCAGAAGGUACCUACCUGAUGGGAGUUACGAAGACUGGGGCUGUGAUGAGCUUAUCAUCACUGACUAAACCAGUCCCGCCUGAACUGGCACACACCAGUACCGCCACGGACACUGAAGCCUGCUCAGAUGUUCAAUCAAAGCGCUGCACUGACAGACCCACUGGAGAGUCCCGGCUGAUUGACUCAAACGCUCUUAUCCAUACAAUGAACUGCUCUGAUGUUCAAUCAAACAGCAGUACUGACAAGACCCACUGGAGAGACCCGGCUGACUGACCCAAAAGCUCUUAUCCAUACAAUGAACUGCUCAGACGUUCAAUCAAACAGCAGUACUGACAAGACCCACUGGAGAGUCCCGGCUGACUGACCCAAAGCUCAUAUCCAUACAAUGAACUGCUCAGAUGUUCAAUCAAACCACAGCACUGACAAGACCCUCUGGAGAGACCCGGCUGACUGACCCAAACGCUCAUAUCCAUUUAAUGAACCAUAGAAUAACGGUCCCGUUUGAAUAUAUAGGCGAGUACCGCUGUACUUCUGUGGUGUGUGGCUCCUGUAUCUGGCGGUCAUUUUGUAGAGCUGUGAGUUGUUAUUGCAGGCACUGUCCACAAGAGGGUGUUGUAGUCCUGGGAAGAAAACUUAUCCUGCCCUUGAAAUAACAACACUUUGCACACCACAAUUAUUUGGUUUGUGAACAGGGUUUAAAUAGCAUGCUUCUUCGGACUUUUAUUUAUUUUAUUUUUUUUAUUUGAUUACACAUUUUAUUAGAUGACAUUUUUAAAAUUGGAUUUUAUCCUGAAAUGUUGGGUAAUGUUUUUUCAUGCAAAGAUCGAGGGCCCUUUUUGUUACACAUUUAAAGUUCUGACCCAGGUCUGUACACUCUACACUUGUUCACAACUCAGAAAUCACAUUUACAAUUGGUUCAAGACCACUUAUGUAUAAACUAUAAUGUGUUGGAUAAUGAAAAAUAAAGAGUUGGGGGUUUUUGUUUUUUUUCCCUGAAAAGAAAAUUUAUGGUGUGCUAUGUCGCUUAAUGUCUGCUUCCCUUGUCCAUUUAUACGCAGUCAAAUGCUCAAUGUUAAUUCACUUCUAAUAGUUUAUAUCCUGUCAGACUUGCUCAUGCACUGAGUUGAUCUAAUACUGAACAUUUAAAUUCUGAACUUGUUGAGUGCAUCCACAAAUGUAUUAUUUAUUACUACUGUCACGUUUCCUGUGUCUCAUCAGAUGACUAGCGUAAAGGGUAAUGACCUGUUGCUCAAUACUGGCCUGCACAGGGGAGUAUGCCUAUGUACAUCUGGCAAAGAAUCCCCAUAAUCUCUGACCCAAUGAGCUUUCAUUUCU